UACUUUCUCCGGCGGAGGCUGGGUGUCGCCUGACCGGAUGAUGACAGAAGUUUUCGGUUUAAUGUGGGGACUUUUGUCAUGCAAUCACCGAUUUGAGAAUCCUGGCAUUUCUCUGAACACUGCCGAGGCGUUUGACUCUUAAACUGUCUUGUGUUUUAACGACAUAACCUCUCGGAGACGGUGACGGACCGCUGUGCCAUCUGGGAACUUUAGUUUUGCUGGACGAGCGACCCUUUGGAUCUUAUUUGACCGGCUAAGAGCGCAGGAGAAAGCCCCGCAGGGCUGACCGAGCCGCCGCUAUGGGAAACCGGGGGAUGGAAGACCUGAUUCCCCUCAUCAACAAGCUCCAGGACGCCUUCAGCUCCAUCGGCCAAAGCUGCAACUUGGACCUGCCGCAGAUAGCGGUCGUCGGCGGCCAGAGCGCAGGGAAGAGCUCCGUGUUGGAGAAUUUCGUCGGGAGGGACUUUUUGCCCAGAGGAUCUGGCAUCGUCACCCGUCGUCCAUUAAUCCUCCAGCUGGUUAACAACGUAGCAGAGUACGCAGAGUUCCUGCACUGUAAGGGACGCAAGUUUGUGGACUUUGAUGAAGUCCGUCUGGAGAUCGAAGCGGAGACAGACCGAAUCACUGGAUCCAACAAAGGCAUCUCCCCCAUCCCCAUCAACCUCCGCGUCUACUCACCGCAUGUGCUGAACUUGACUCUCAUCGACCUGCCGGGGAUGACCAAAGUGGCCGUGGGUGACCAGCCUGUGGACAUUGAGCAUCAGAUCAGAGACAUGCUGAUGCAGUUCAUCACCAAGGAGAGCUGUUUGAUUCUGGCUGUCACUCCAGCAAACACCGACCUGGCCAACUCCGACGCCCUCAAGAUUGCCAAGGAGGUCGACCCUCAGGGGCUGCGGACCAUCGGUGUGAUUACAAAGCUGGACCUGAUGGAUGAGGGGACGGAUGCACGAGACAUUCUGGAAAACAAACUGCUGCCACUCCGCAGAGGUUAUAUUGGAGUGGUGAACCGCAGUCAAAAGGAUAUUGACGGAAAGAAAGACAUUCGCGCUGCUUUGGCUGCUGAGAGGAAGUUCUUCCUGUCCCAUCCUGCAUACCGACACAUUGCAGAACGUAUGGGAACACCUCACCUGCAGAAGACUCUCAACCAGCAACUCACCAACCACAUCCGCGACACAUUGCCAGGGUUACGCAGUAAGCUGCAAAGCCAACUUUUAUCACUGGAGAAGGAAGUGGAGGAGUACAAGAACUUCCGUCCAGAUGACCCUGCACGCAAGACCAAGGCCUUGCUUCAGAUGGUGCAGCAGUUUGGCGUGGACUUUGAGAAGUGCAUAGAAGGAUCUGGAGAUCAAGUGGAUACCUCCAACUUGUCUGGUGGAGCAAAGAUCAACCGUAUCUUCCAUGAGCGCUUUCCCUUCGAGCUGGUGAAGAUGGAGUUUGAUGAGAAGGAGCUGAGGAAAGAGAUCAGUUAUGCCAUCAAGAACAUCCACGGAGUCAGGACAGGCCUGUUCACCCCAGACAUGGCGUUUGAGGCUAUAGUGAAAAAGCAGGUCAUUAAGCUGAAAGACCCAUGUCUGAAAUGUGUCGACCUCGUCGUCACCGAGCUCGUCACCGUGAUCAGGAAGUGCACUGAAAAGCUGGGCUCGUACCCUCGACUGAGAGAAGAAACCGAGAGAAUCGUCACCACCUACAUCAGAGAGAGAGACAGUAAGACCAAAGACCAGGUGCUGCUGUUGAUCGACAUCGAGCUCUCCUACAUCAAUACUAAUCAUGAGGAUUUCAUUGGAUUCGCCAAUGCCCAGCAAAGGACUGCUGCUAAUAUCACCAAGAAGAGAGUGAUGCCCAAUCAGGUCAUCCGCAGAGGCUGGCUCACCAUCAACAUCAGCAUCAUGAAGGGCGGAUCCAAGGACUACUGGUUUGUCCUGACAGCAGAGUCUCUCUCCUGGUACAAAGAUGAGGAGGAGAAAGAAAAGAAGUACAUGCUGCCUCUCGACAACCUGAAGCUGAGAGAUGUGGAAAAGGGCUUCAUGUCCAGCAAGCACGUUUUUGCCAUCUUCAAUACUGAGCAGAGGAAUGUGUACAAAGACCUUCGUCAGAUUGAACUGGCAUGCGACACUCAGGAGGAUGUCGACAGCUGGAAGGCCUCCUUCCUCAGGGCUGGUGUUUACCCAGAGAAAGACCAGCCUGAGAACGAAGAUGCGAUGAAUUCUAGCGACACGGUGUCCAUGGAUCCGCAGCUGGAACGACAGGUGGAAACCAUCCGAAACCUCGUGGACUCGUACAUCGGCAUCGUCAACAAAUCCAUCAGAGACCUCAUGCCUAAGACCAUCAUGCACCUCAUGAUCAAUAACGCGAAGGACUUCAUCCACUCGGAGCUGCUGGCGUACCUGUACUCGGCCGGUGAUCAGGGCAGUUUGAUGGAGGAGUCAGCAGAGCAGGCUCAGAGGAGAGAUGAGAUGCUGAGGAUGUACCACGCUUUGAAAGAGGCCCUGGUCAUCAUUGGAGACAUCAGCACCACCACGGUUUCUACUCCUGUGCCUCCACCGGUAGAUGACAACUGGAUUGCCAAAGACCCAAGUCCUCCACCAGCUUCCCGUCCCGCCAUGUCAACGGCGCCUCCUCCCAGCCGACCCCCAGCGGUGAGAGGUCCCACUCCGGGCCCUCCGCUUCCUCUCAACCCCUCACCUGCAUUUGGAGCCCCGCCUGUUCCUUCCCGACCCGGACCUCCAUCAGUGUACCCAGGCGACCCCAACUCUGCUGGCGUGCCUCUCAUCCCGUCCAGGCCGGCCCGCGUUCCUCCAGGGCUGCCGCCGGGGAUUCCCAGCAGAAGACCCCCGGCUGCUCCCAACCGACCCACUGUCAUACGUCCAUCAGAGCCCUCCCUGCUUGACUAGAAACACCGUCAGUUUUCAUCUGGUCAUACAGACUUUGUUUACACUUCCUGUGUUUCUUUCAAGCAGAAAUAGUCACUAAAAUUAGUUUCCUGUAACUACAGACUACUGUAACUGGUAAUCUGAUGCUGUUUCAGUCUGUGCAUUUCAGAAGCAUUUUGUAUGUAAUUGUGACCUUUGUGUAGAUAGCUUUUUUUUUAACAAGCACAUGACAUUUUCUGCUUUCAGUAUUAUGAUGAAAAAAAGGGAUACAUUUGAUGAUUUUUGUGACUUUAAGGUUAUGAACCCACGAGUCAUCUUGAAUUCUGCCUGUUUCGUAUGAAGUGUCUUAAAACAGUAUAUGAUUCGUUUUAUAUGACGGCAAGGAAAACACUUUUAGGAGUAAUUUUUCUGAGUUGUAAAAUUGCUAAUGGUUUGUCAGUAAUUUUACAUGCUAAGCACCUCAAUAAGUAAGCAGCACUUUUUGAUAAAGUCAAGUGUCUCAUAAUUUGUCGCAGCUUCAGGUAGGCUUAUUAAAAUUAGACUGACCAAUGGAAUUUUAUAUGCUUCCGUAUUCUAAUUACUAAUGUGUUUUUUUCAAGUAUACUGUAGUUUAGCUUAAUAUUUCUCAUUUGUGGACCAAGCAAACACAAGACAGAGGAUAUGGAAGGGGUUUUUUGCAUGUGGGGCGGAUGCUGCAGCAGUGGGAUGUAUUUUGGUGUAAUGCUGAGAAUUGUACAGCAGUAGAGGUAAGAAUUACAUUCUCUGGUCUGACAGUUACCUCCCACAACUGCUCAUCCUCUGAAUAAAAGUGCCUCCAGCGAAAAUUUCUUUGUGAUUGCUUCAGAAAUCAAAGCCAUAAUGGAAAAAAAAACAUGUUAAGAAAGAGGGCCUUUUCUUUCAUGAAGUGAUGGACUGAAUAAAUGAAUGGGGGGAAAAAAAGGUGUUGUGGCUGGUGCUUCUUCUCGCUCCUUGGUGGUCUCUGCUUUAUUUCUCUUCUUUGCAAACAGGCAUGAGAGAGCUCAGGUUAAGACUUGUUUUUUUGUUUUUUUUUUGCAUGGUAGUAAAAUGGAGACAGCCGAGCAGAAAUGUUUCACUUUCGUGUGUGCAGUCUGGCAAGACCUUCCCUCCUCACUGUACGAUGGAGCUGCGGGUCGCCAUGGAAACCGUGGUUGCUAGUGGCAACACACAGUAGAUAGUGGUACUAGUUGCUUUUAGGCUCUUCACAGGAGCCGAGCAGGAAUGAGUGAAGGCAUGCAAUUCUGUUCUGAUUUCUAGGGAUGUGCUCCUUUGUUUCUUUUCAGCUGUGUUGUCCCUGAUGCUCUUAGAAUCCCAAAAUAGGAAAUCUUAACAUCUUCUCAUGGUCCUCUCACACAGGCGGCCGCCACAAGUCCCUUCUCGUCCGAGCCACUGGUGAGGGAAACUCACAUGUUGCAGAUUUGGACUCUGUAGCCGCAAAGCAGCUCAGACAUCAGGUGCAGGAGGAGUCGAGUCCUCGAGAUGUUCAGGUGUAUCUACUGUCUGUGUCAUUUGAGCAUUUCUGAAGCUGCUAAUGCAGAAGUCAUGGGCAUAGAUUAUGACACUAGUUGGACUAAAGCUGGCAUUCUGUGUAUGUUGCAAAUAAAUAAUGAUGAAAAACUUAAUCAUAAACCUUAAUACAUGCAGAUAUGUUAUUGAACUGAUUUAGUAUUUCAGGUUUUUAUUAUAUAUAAAAUGUUGACGUUUUUGUAUAAACACUGAAAUACUUCAAUAUAGUUUAUCACUUGAAAUAUUUCUGUCAAACCUGAAAACUAGAAGUCAGAAGAAAAAUCAGUUAAUGCCAAAUUGAGACCAAGAAUCCAUCUUACGAAAAGCAUAAUCUUCAUAUAUUGAACAGACAUUGCAGUAUAUUGUUUAAUCUUCCUUCUGAACUAAAAAAUAAAGCCAAUUACACAUCAGUUACUUCCUUUUUUUAAUCUGAAGACACUAAGAAUGACCUAUAUGUUUAAAUCUAACUGAUAAGCUUGUCUGUUUAUACUGCACAAAAAGAAAAUCCUCCAACUUAUGCUGGGCUGUUUCACAGUUUCAACUAAUUCAGUGUUAAAUCAGGUCAGGUAAGUGCAGAUAUUUCAGGCUUAUUCCUAAAGAAUUUAAUAAAAUAUUAUUUGGUAGUGGUUUGUGUUUUUAAACCACUGUUACCUUGCUGUCAAAAGCUGUUUUGCAAAUGUUUGUGAGGUCAGACAUUAGAGGGAGCUCGUACAGUAGCAAAUAUAUUCUGUGUCUGCACAUGUGGAUCUCUUGUUAGUUUCUGUGGUGCAGGGAAAAUUCCUAUGUCAUGUAAAUGUAUCUAAAAUAUACAAAACUGCUGAAUCAGUAUGGUUUCCUGAAUGUUAAACUUUCCUAUUAACUGUACUAAGGUUUCAUGCACUAGAAGAAAUGCUUUUAUUCCCAAAGCACAUAAAAAGGAAAGCAGAAAAUGGAUUUUAAGAGCAAGGCUUUGUGGUUGAAUUUUGUUUAACUGAUAAAAAAUUGACUGGAAUUAAUCACCACAUUCUUUAGAAGGUAAACUUUAGUAGUUUUUUAUUCUGCAAAGGCAACUCACAUCAAAGUAGCUCCUGUGUAAAAAUGCAUUUAUUAUGAUCAAUGCCUCCCAUGAAAACCUGAUUUUUAAUUAUCUUACAGAAUAUGCAACAAGCGUCUUCUCUUAGUAAAAAAAAAAAAAAAUGUUUGAGUAAAAUUAAUUUUAUU